CUCACCUGUAGCCGUACGUCGUCGGGAAAGGCUACACCGCCACUGAUAUAGCGUGAUCAAUGGUGCUCAUAUGGCGCCGGGUGGCGGCGACAUGGUGGUGACACUGCUGCCUUUGCCGAUGGAAGUACUAGCAGGCGUUGACACGAUCGCCGAUUGGGAGACUGCCCGGGGGUGCCGAUGGGAGGUUGGUUGCAAGAUGGUGAAAGGUUGUCGAUGAUGGAUGGGCGGGGGCCUAAGGAGAAUGACGGAGAGAAUAGUCUUAGAUUCAAACCAGCCAAUAAAAAAGAUUUAUGAAACUCCUUAAUCUUAUAAGCUUACAGGCUUAUAGCUGCUAC